AUGGGUAGUACAAAUAGUCGUAUUGAAACAAAUUUAAAUCCAAUAAAAACGUAUACAGGAUUUGAAAACCGUGAUAAUGAACUAGUUAUUUCUAAGGAAUCAUUUCGAAAUAAGUUCGACCUCUGUUUCUAUGAUUUGGCCGAUCUUUUAUGGGAUAAUUUCAAAGGUGAUCGUAAUUCCAAUGAUGAAUUCCUGGUUCUCAGAAAAUAUCAAAGCAUAAUUGAAUACUUGUCUUCUGCUCAGGAUAAACUGGAGAUAUUUCUAAGUUUGUUUAAGCUACGUGCACUAAGUGAAUCAGAUGUUAAAGCAUUAUUUAAGUGGUUCUUGCUGGGAAGAGAUUUGAAACCAGACACGUGGCAAUUAAUAAUUACUUCUAUCUUGUCCUCAGAUGAAAAUGGUACAUACAAGCAUCACACAAUUGUCAGCUGUUUGAAUCGCUUAUGUCCAGAUAUUUGUAAUGACUUAGUCAAUAUACUUUUACAACUCUUAAAGGAUAAUCAUUCAUUUAAUUUGACAGAUUUCAACCCUUAUUCACUUUCCGGAACAAUAUUAACGUCGGAUCUCCAGUGGUUGUUCUCUACUUUUCUCACUUAUCCAUACAAACGUGCACCGAAAACGUGUCUACUUCAAACAACACCAUUAGAAUGUGAGCAGUUGUCACAUUUACAUUGUUUGUAUGACAGUACGAAUCAUGGGAUGAGUUUGACCAGACUGUUAGAACUGGUAUUUGAUUACAAUGGACCAACGAUUGUCUUUCUCAAAGCUAAAGAAUUUUUAUUCUGUUUAUUGUCUGACCAAGGUUUAAAAGAAUCAUUAAAAACGUUUGGCAAAGAGUAUUCAUUUCUCUAUCAGAUUCAACCGAAAUUUAUUCGACUUGUAUCUGGUAAAUUAGGCACAGAUUCGGGGAUAUUUUAUGCAAAUUUUACUUCGAAAACAUCAAAACGUGGUCUUUUUGUGGGGCACCAACCACUGAUAUCGCCUGUAAUUGAAAUAAAUGAAGAUUUUACUGAGUUGAAAUAUAAUUCUGGUCUACCAAUACGUUUAAAUGCAAUCGAAGUUUGGGCAGCUGGUUCCAGUGAUCACAUGUCUAAAUUAGAAGAUCAAAAGAAAUGGGAAUCUGAUCAGGUUGCUAAAGCGAAAGAACGGAAGUUGAAAAAUGAAACAUGGCAAGAUUCUGCUGAUCGUUUCCUACUAGAAUUAGAUGGGAAGCGAGUAUGUCAUUCUGAUGGGAUUGAACCAUCAUGA